GUUCAUUUACACUGGUAAUUACGGUAUUGGUCGCUUUCAUUGGUUCCGGGUUUCCUUAGCGCCGCUUCCUGCUUCUAAUGAACAGGUAUCCUUGGGAGAUCGCUGCCAGUAAGCCAAAUCAGCCUUAACUAUCGCGCUUUACUUUUAUUCCUUGUGAAUGGAAGCCAAAUAAUAAUCGGGAACAAUACACGCUACGUACCAGGCUUCUGCUGUGCAACUGCAACACGCCUGUCAUGGAGAACUCCACCCUUUCAACUCCAUUCCGUGCAGUGACUGUGUGAGGUGCUGGGAGUUGUAACACAACAAGAACUGGGGAGGCGCAGGUGAAAUAAUUCCUCUGCAGGUAGUGCAAGAGCUUCUCUUGGCUAUUAGAUAGUGCUGGGAAAUGCAGGCCCCAGAUAAUCCACAUCGACUACUGGGUCAAAUCCGCUGUGUUUUGGAGUGCAUUGACUGCUUGCGACAAGCACAGCCCCUCCCUGAGGCCUUGUGUUAUAUUCCUGGUGAAGUUCAGUACAAAAUAUGCAAGGAUCCCAGUUCAUCAUCAUCUUCUCGCUCCCUGUUGACUGUGUGGGAAGCACCUGGAUACUCAAAGCAGAAUCUAAAGAAAUUGUCUCGAGAAACAGUUGAAGUGCCUAAAGGCAGCUGUGUCAGGGCCACCGGGGAAGAAUACUGCAAUGCUAAUGGACUGUGGGUAAAGCUGUGUAAGGCUCAAAUGGAAGAAUAUAAAAGCAGCUGUGACAUGGCAGAGGGCUGGAUCUUACUAUGUCGGCAAGAUGAAGGGGGAGACAGGCUUAUUCCUGUGGAGUCUAUAGAUAAAAUCACCAGGCAACAAAAAGUGUUUGGGAUAGACUACAAACCCAUCAACAGGUGGGAGGACAUUGUUGAUGCAACUUAUUCUAUGCGCUUAGGGGCCAAGCCUAAAAUGACUGAGCGAGAUGAAGAGGCAGUUCAAAAACUGCGCUUCCUUCCUCCAUCGUGGACCUAUGAAUGUGAUGAGGAUCUGGUGCACUUUCUUUUUGAGCAAGGAAAGGAAGAUGAGAGCUUAGGAAGUGUGAAGCAGUAUGUGGAAAGCAUCAGUGUGUCCUCUGCUACGGUGGAAAACAACUUAUCCUGUUUGACAGAUGGUUACCAUGACACAUACUGGGAGAGUGAUGGGUCCGACGGGCAGCAUUGGAUCCAACUACACAUGAAAGAAGGCACCGUUGUCAAGAAACUGGUGUUAACUGUGGACUCCACAGAUGAAACAUACAUGCCCAAGGGGAUUGCGGUAUAUGGGGGUGAGAGAGAUGCACUGAAAAAAAUUAAUGACGUCUCCAUUGAUGAAAACCUAAUUGGAGAUGUUUGUAUCCUGGAAGAUAUGACCACUCACCUACCCAUCAUUGAGAUCAGAAUCAGCCAGUGUCUGGAUGAAGGAAUUGAUGUUCGGAUUAGAGGACUCAAGAUUAAGUCUUCAAAGAAUCGAGAUUCGGGCCUCACUGCUGAUCUUUUCCAACCAAACAACUUAGUUCGGUAUCCACGCCUGGAGGCCAUUGAGCCAGAUGUACUUUAUCGUAGAGCUGUGUUAGUCCAGAGGUUUGUUAAGCUGCUUGACAAUGUGCUACAUCACCUGGUACCAGCCUGGGAUCACAGCAUUGGCACAUUCAACCAGCUAAAGUACAUCAAACAGUUCCUGCUGCUGUCCAAAUGCCGAUCUGCACUUAUUACCCAGUGUCUGAAGGAUUCAGAAACCAUGAAACCCAACUUCAUGCCCUGUUUGUAUAUUAACCGUAGAACUGCAGUGGAGCAUCGGGACAAUCCUUUAUUGGACCCUACAUACAAGAAGACUGUUUUCAGUCAGGUAUAUGAAGGCCUGAAGCCUUCAGAUAAAUCAGAGAAACCUCUGGAUUACAGGUGGCCUGUAAGGUACGAGCAGUGGUGGGAGUGUAAAUUUAUUGCAGAGGGAAUUAUUGAUCAAGGGGGAGGCUUUCGAGACAGUCUGGCUGAUAUAUCUGAGGAGCUUUGCCCAAGUUCUGCUGACAGCCCUGUGCCGCUCCCAUUUUUUGUACGCACUUCAAACCAGGGUAAUGGAACUGGAGAAGCACAGGACAUGUAUGUGCCAAAUCCAUCUUGUAAGGACCUGGCAAAAUAUGAGUGGAUUGGACAACUUAUGGGAGCAGCACUGAGAGGAAAGGAAUUCUUGGUUCUAGCUUUGCCAGGCUUGGUGUGGAAACAGUUGACUGGAGAAGAAGUCAGCUGGAGUAAAGAUUUUUCUGCAGUGGAUUCUUUACUAGUGAAACUCCUGGAAAUGAUGGAGCUUAUGGACGAGGAAACAUUUGAGUUUAAGUUUGGUGGUGAGCUAACAUACACCACUGUCCUGAGUGAUCAGAAGAUGGUAGAACUGGUUCCUGGAGGCAGCAGUAUAUCUGUGCUCUAUAAGGAUCGUAUGGAAUUUAUUAGGAUGGUGCAGAAAACUCGGCUGGAGGAGAGUAAAGAACAGAUAGGAGCUCUCCAGGCUGGCCUUUUGAAAGUAGUCCCACAAGCAGUGCUAGAUCUUCUUACAUGGCAGGAACUUGAGAAAAGGGUUUGUGGAGAUCCAGAAGUCACAAUUGAAGCCCUAAAAAGACUAACCAGGUUUGAGGAGAUAGAACAAACUGACACUCGGGCCCAGUAUUUCUGGGAGGCACUGAACAAUUUCACUAAUGAGGAUCGCAGCCGUUUCCUAAGGUUUGUGACUGGCCGCAGCCGACUUCCAGCUCCAAUCUACAUCUACCCAGAUAAAUCAUGGUUGGGUACGACAGACUCCCUACCUGAAUCAUCCACCUGUUCUAGUUCCCUGUAUUUGCCAAAUUAUGCCAGUGCAAAGAUAUGCGAGGAGAAACUGCGCUAUGCUGCAUAUAACUGUGUCGCCAUUGAUACAGAUAUGAAUCCAUGGGAAGAAUAAGAUAAGGAACUCAAGGGAAGCCAUGACACUUUUACUUUUUACUACUGCAGAAACCAGACUAUAUUUGGCAUGCUGGGACCCAGAGAAAGAAAAUUGCCAGUUAACUAUUUAUUUACAUCCAAGAUACAUUGCUUUAAGUGCAUGAAAAUCCCAGAUGCUAUAAUGUAUUACUGUAUAAUGCUUACUGUGUGAAUAUAUGGUCUUGGAAGUACAAUGCGUGAGCGGCAUAUUUUCUUAUCACAUUCAGUAUUCUGCUAUAUUAAAAAAUACCUUUA